UCCGCAGACAUUGUUGAGGUGAUUUGUAAUACCACCGGCAUUCCGCAUUUACAAUUCGACUGGCAUGCCAACGAAGCCUAUGGCGGUCAUAGUCGCAAUCACAAACUGACAGUGAAUGUAGCACCUACAGAGCAAAUGCUUUCUUGCGCAUUUUUGGAUAUUAUGCGCAUGAAGCAACUGGAUUGGAAAUCGUUUACGAUCGUCUAUGAGAAUAGUCGAAGUCUGGCUCGCAUGCAACGCUUAUUCGGCUGGCGUCAAUUGCACAAAGCUGGCAUAAAAUUAUGGCAUUUCAAUCGUGGCGAUGACUAUCGUGUAAUCUGGAAGCUUAUUAGUAAUUCACGCGAAAAAUAUGUGGUAUUGGACUGUCCGUCGGAUAUAAUCACCGAAGUGCUGAAUGCGUCCAUAUAUUUCAAUAUGACCGGACAGUUUAAUCACUGGUUUCUUACAAGUUUGGAUACGCACACAAGUAAUAUACGCUCCUUGUACUCUCGUAACUUCGUCGCCAAUAUGAUCGCUGUGCGCGUACGCCCCUACAUGCCUCCACCGGUGCAUGAUGAGGCAGAUGUUUUCGAAAACGAACAGGAGGAUCAGAUAAUUACCAUUCGCAGUAAAUUACUCUACGAUGCUAUUGUAUUAUAUUUCAAUGCUUUACGACGCCAAAUUCGAAACUUACACUACCAAGCGCCUAGAGUGCGCUGUCAUCGAGGGUAUUGGCGUACAGGCUUGGAGCUUUUGGAUCAGAUGAAACUUCUGACAUCUCGUAAUGUAACGCCACCCUAUAAGACACAAAAAAUGCAGUUAAACAAAUAUGGUGAACGUGAAGAGUUUAAUUUGGAAAUUUACAAUCCAAUGGUGGAACGUAUUACACAUAUUUGGAAUCAAAAUAAAAACCUAGUUGCUUUCGAAGAUUUGGUAGAAGCAAAAGAAAUGAAGAAACAAAAAUACAAUGAGGUAGAAGAUUUUACGCCCAAACGUGUGAAGUAUACAGUAGCGACACGUAUCGGAGAACCUUACUUUAUGUGGCGUCAAGAACCGGAGGGUGUUCACUAUGAGGGCAAUGAACGCUUUGAGGGCUACGCUGUGGAUCUAAUUUACAGUCUGGCACAGCAGUGCAAGUUCGAUUUUGUCUUUGAGCCAGUGCCAGAUAAUAAUUAUGGCAGUUACGAUCCGAUAACUGAUGAGUGGAAUGGCAUUAUACGGCAAUUAAUUGACAAUAAUGCACAAAUUGGCAUUUGCGACUUAACUAUCACGCAGGCGCGUCGAAGUGUGGUGGAUUUUACGGUGCCUUUCAUGCAACUUGGUGUUAGUAUUCUAUUCUACAGAGAACCACCACCACCAAAGAAUCUUUUCGGCUUUCUUUCCCCAUAUUCUUUGGAUGUUUGGAUCUAUCUGUUGGUGGCUAUUAUGAUAACGGCGUUGGUUUUGGUAGUGGUGGGUCGCGUCUCACAACUCGACUGGUUAAGCCCAAUUCCACAUGAUCCUGAUCCCGCUGAAGUGGAGAAUAUUUGGAAUUUAUCUAAUUCGCUCUGGUUGAAUAUUGGUUCGAUUCUGAAUCAGGGCUGUGAUAUACUGCCGAAAGGUCCCGCAAUGCGUUUGUUCACCGCAUUUUGGUGGAUCUUCUCACUUCUACUCUCUCAGACUUAUAUCGCCAAAUUGGCGGCCUUCAUUACUGCUUCCAAAAUGGAAAGUUCCAUAACGAAUUUACAUGGUCUCAUCGAUCAGAAUAAGAUACAGUUUGGUAUGCUAAAGGGUGGUAGCACAUCGUUUUUAUUCUCGGAAUCGAAUGAAUCUGAAUAUCGGCUGGCUUGGAACAAGAUGGUUGCCAUGAAACCAGAUGCCUUCACGUCGAAUAACAGAGAGGGCGUGGAUCGUGUGAAACGUAGUCGUGGCCGUUACGCGUACCUCUUGGAGACCACCACGCUACAAUACUACCUGAAUCUAAAUUGUGAAUUGAAACAGAUUGGCGAACCAUUUAAUGAAAAGCAUUACGGCAUUGCGGUACCGUUGAAUGCGCCCUUUCGCUCUAACCUUAGUGUGGGCAUUUUGAAACUCAGCGAGAAGGGCGAAUUGUAUAAAAUGAAACGUAAAUGGUUUACCACAAACGAGACGAACUGCAAUGUUGAUUUGGACGAAGGCGCUGAUAAUGGCCAGUACACAAUGGAAUCGGUGGGUGGUUUAUUUAUAGUUCUAAUCGGUGGCAUACUGGUUUCCAUAUUAAUUGGCAUAUUCGAGUUCCUCUGGAACGUUGAGCAGAUUUCAGUGAAAGAAAAGCUACCAACAAUGGUCAUUUUCAAGGCUGAGCUGAAGUUCUUCCUACGCUUCUGGCAGACACGCAAGCCUUUGCGCACUUAUGCAGAGAGUCGUGGCUCAACAUCGACUGGUUACUCAUCUUUUGAGCAAACUGCAAGCACUUCGACUGCCAAGAAGAAAAGGAAGAAGAAAUCGAAGAAAAUUCACGAGCAAUGAGCGGGGCUG